AGAGCAGGCGACAUGAAGAGCGAGGUCCGAUCGUUAUCAUGAUUGAAAAAUAGGGGAUAAUGGCGCGAAAAAUGUUCUGUCUCGGAAUAACCAUACUUGUUUUGUGCCUUGUGGUGGAUAGGAUCAAAGGUGAACAAUGGACAGUGAUAUUGACAUUUUACGCAGCUCCCAACACGGGAACAACAAACCAGGUAUACGGUUUGAUGAAAGGAAGCCGCGCGGACUGCGGAUGGGGGUUGCUGAACAACAGGCCGAUUCCUAGUGGAGGAUUCGUACUUACAACAUUACUGACUUGCGCCAGUGCCAUCGGUCGGGUGAAGUCUUUCACUAUCAGGACGGAUGGUACCGACGGGGCUGAUCUUAUCAAGUUGGAGGUGAAGACUGCCACCGUUGACUACAUUCUGUUGGACAUGAAGACAUCCUCCACUUCAUUGAGAAUGGACAGAGGAGUCAAAUCGUUUACAGCAGAGACAAAUGACUCUGCGAGAACUUUCGAACAAUUAACAGAUAGCAAAUUAGGGGGACUGGUUGAGGGCCCAGGAGCUACAUACAGUUUGCUGGACUGCACGCGCAGAUGUGCCGCGAAUGACGCCUGCGAGGCGUACAGAGUCGUGAGUUCGAACUGCGAAUUGAGGAGACACAACGAUGGGAGUUCUCUGGGGACAAAGACAUAUUAUAGACUGAAAUAUACGAAUGUAUUAUAGUAAUGUUACAAACCACGGUCAGUUCAUGCCGACUUAUCGGCGGUGAAUAUCAGUCCGACUCCUUUCAUCGCCGACAUCAAGAGCCAUGAUGGUGGAUCGGCAUACGGUCAGUUAUACAGACUUGUAUUUAGAAUGGAAAUCUUCAUUGUAAACUCCAUUGUUCCAAAACAUUAGAGAUGUCUAGAAUUUCUUUUUGCACAUAAUUUUGUAUUGGUCCUAUAAUAGCUUGUUUUGUUUACGAUUCAAUAAUCUACCGGCACGGUACCUUUGAGCGAUAUGUCACAAAUCAUUUUUCUAUGUAUGGUUUGACACAUUAGCGUUUUCAGAACAACAAUAAACUUUCCAUUUCUAUCA